AUGGCCGUGAUGGGCAUCGACGAGACCAACGCUCGGCUACGCGAUGGCAACGACUACUCUUACAUGAUCGCCGGACUGGUGUACGUGUCCAGGAUCGUGACCGCCGAAGCUCUGCUCCCAUCACUCGACCGCGAAAACCAAGGGGAGGCCGACUUCGAGGCAUUUCUCGAGCAGAGAAAAGAGUUUCUAGCCGACGGAUCGAUGAGCGUGAUGGGAGAGAUGUUGAGCUUGCUAGCGUACGGAAAGAAGAUCGCAAAGAACUUCCACGCCCAGGGGGAAGCUGCACUGGACUCACGACGGAGCCGGCGUCGCUCUCGGCAGCAUCGAGUUCACGGUGUACAACUUCAAGUCCAUGGCACGCUCCGCUCUAGACGAUUGCGAAGACUACAUGUGGAGGGAUCUCAUGUGGGCAGGCCGCAAGGCAGAUCGCUUCGUGUUAGAUCUCGAUAG